AUGGUCUCGCUCGAACACCUCAUCGUCGCUGUCCCUGCCUCCGGGCAUCAGUUCUUACCUGGUCAGAGAGUCGUGCUGGUGCUCUUGUUCGCACUCGACGCGUUUCAGCGGCAGCCCGACAUUCAUCGGGUCGACGUGUCUUUGAACUUCUACGUGUACAACUUCUCUGUUGAAAUAGACCGCCAUGAGAUCUCCUCCAACCCGGCGUGUGUGCUGAUCCUGCCUGAACUGCCGAGCGGGACGUACGUCCUGCAUGCUUUCUUGACCAAUCACGAACGACGGGUUGUAUCUCUAGUCAAGAGCUCCAUGUUCGAAGUAGUCAGCGAGGGGCGAGAGAAUGAUGCUAGGAACGUGGCAG